UGUUGCAAUCUCCGCGGUCAGCGGCGGCUAAAUUGUGUCAGUGAGAGUGUUCGCGUGCGUAGGAGGGGCUAUGGGGAUGUCCCCUAAAAUGCAGAUUUGUCAUUGGUUAUCGCAGGAAUUUUCUUACUACGUCAUAUUUUUUACGUAGAGGUAAAUAUAAUCUUCAAAAUGAUGUGCGUCGAAUUUCCUGAACUUCUUGGAUUAGUUUGAUACCAUCAUCCUGAAAGUGACACUCGUUUUCAACGCUUUCCAAAUCACCCAUCGCAAGUUCUAACAUCAGAAAAAAUGCCUCCAAAGAAGCGACACAAAACCGGAUUGGAUCUCGCUGCCCAGCCUGGCGUAGCCAGAAGUCAUCUCGAGUUGAAUUUCCCUGACCUGCCAGCAUCCCCGAGUGAUCUGAAAAAUGGACAUGUGCUGUGCUUGUAUCUUUUGAACGAUAAAAGUCAGACUACUACCGAGAGACAGCUGAGCUCCCAUUUCUCCUUGCAUCAUGGGGAAGGCUAUUCGUAUUCAGCUAUAUCAAGUGUGCAGGUCCUUGUUAAAAAGACUUUGCUGAAGUUUAAAAAACUGAACAAUCCAAAGGAAUUUGAUGUGUUCUCAAGUAUCUGUGAUGAAACUUUCAAACUCAAGAAGAAACCUGAAAUAAUUGCAUCCAAUGACAUUGCUCAAUCAGCUGCUAUUGGUACAGACCCCUCAUCCUCUUCUGCUUCCCAUUCUGAGCCCUCGACAUCUGGAUUGCAAGAGCCAAUUCGCCAUGAGAAAUCUCUGGACACAACAGCCAGCAGUCAUGAUCUGCCUGAUCCAAAUGCAGCAACACCAACAUCAGAAGACACCAUUCCACAGCCUACUCCAACAACUUCUGGUGCAUCGACAAGAAGCAGAAAAGAACUUCUCACCCCAAGAAAGGAAAGACUGAAGAAAAGACUAGAGUUUGCUUCUAAAUCCAAAGCUAUUCUUGCAAGAAAGUACCAAGAGAAAUUCAGUGACCUUAAGACAAAGUUAAAAACUCCAAAACGUGUUAUCAAUCAGUCAUUGAAAAGAAAGCAAAAGAUCAUUGAAGGCAAGGAUACAAAAAUCACGAUACUGAAAUCGAAACUACAGGGUACUGAACUGGCUCAAAAGCUUGCUGAAACCAAAGCUGAACUCUUGAAACUAAAAAAAAAACACAGAAAAUUGCUCCAGAUCCGUUAUGAAAAGAAAAAGGAGACUGUUCCAAUCCGCAAAUACAGGAAACUGCAGAAGAAACUGAAGGACAGAGAGGAAGACGUAAGACAACACGAAUUUAAUAACCUUCUCCUGCAGGAAUCGCUGGAAAAUCUCGAGGCUGCUGGUAGCACUGUCAGGGCUAAAAUUGACAAAAAGACUUACUCUUCAACAACAAGAAUGACUGUGUUUGACUGCAUUGUCAGCAACACACCAACUGCCAGCAUUCCAGUUCUAAUAAACCAGAUCUACCUAAGAAGUGGACGAGAGCUCGACCAAGUUCCACAAAGGAGCACCGUUGAACUAAUGGCGAGAGAGCUUGGGGCAAUUGCAGAGCUGCAAGCUGCGGAAGCUUUACUUGCCACGAAGGAUGCCACUGUUGGUUUCGACGCCACCACACAGGAAGAGAUGCAUAUAAACAGCAUCCAUUUCACCACACCGUCGACAUGCAUAUCUGCAGCUGUGGAUGAGUUGGCUGGCGGCACAGCAGACGAUUAUGCACAGCAUAUCUGCGACACUGUGGAUAAUCUAAGCGAUACAUAUUGCUAUUUCAAUGACAACGCAAACGUACAAGAGACUAGAGAACAAUUGAUUAAUAACAUUACGAAUACGAUGUCGGACAGGUGUGCUGCCAACCACGCAGCAAUUAGAGUGGUGAACAGAGAAUGGGGCAAGACAUUAAACGAGCUCAAUUGCCACCUUCACCCUCUUGACUCCAUUUCCUCUUCUGUUCGCUCGGCCUUAAAACAGCAUGAGGAGACGUCACAAGGCAAGGUCUUUGGCAAGGACUGUCUGGCAGCAAACGUCAUCCUCCAAAUGAACAAGCUACGCUACAAAAAUGCCAAAGGGGACCCCAGAGGCUUUGUUGCCUUUUUAGAUGACAGGCACAUUCCUCGUGGUGUCCUUCCUCGCUACCGUGGUAACAGGCUUCACAUCAUCUUCCACAUCGGUGGAAAGUUACUGGAGUACUACGAUGACUUUGUUGCUCUCCUACGUAGUGGCACAUCAUGUGGUGGCCUAAGAAAUGCCAUUCUCCAUGACUUUACCAUGGAUCAAGCCCAAUUAGAACUCCAGGUGUUGGGCCUUCUUGGGAAGCACUUGACAGGCCCAUGGAUGAAGAAGUUUUACACUUCAAGCCAAAAUGAAAUCAACCAUGUGGAUGGAAUUCAGGUCGUCAAAGGUGUGAUUGGCACCUUGAAGGAAGCGGCAGAGCAUCCAAGAGACAUGUUGACAGCCUCUGAGGAUUUCUUCAAUGAAGAACUUCAUGUGGACCCAACUCUACAGGCAUUACGAGAGCGUCCAGCAGAUGACGAGUUCAGUUCUAUGAUGAGCAAGUGCCUGCAAGCCAUCAUUGUUGUCUUGGAAAGGCAAUAUUCAAAGUAUUUCCAGGUGGACAUAACCGAGAAGUUACGUGAGGAGGUGGCUUCUGCGAGGUCCCAUAACAUCGACUCUGAAGAGAUCAUGGGGAUGUUCAGUGCCAUGAAGCAGAAAUGCCCCAAUGCGACAAUGUGCUAUCUGUCGUGCAGGAUGAGGGCCUGCAAGAAUAGAACAGUAAAAUAUCUCGACGAGUUAGAGGAGGCAAGAAAAGAAGAUGUGCUCCAAAAAGCAGUAAAGUGGGGCAGGAUGCAGAGGAAUAAGCGGAAAAGGAAACAAAGAGAGCUGAGACAAGAAAUCAUCAGGAGACAAAAGGACAAAGAACAAUCACACGAAACGAGGGAAAGGAAAAAACUUGAAAAAAAAUUGAAAGAGACUGACCUGGAAAGUGUUCGCAUUGCUUUUCCUAACUUGGAAUACUCAGAAGCAAAGUGUGCCAUCGUAGAGGAUAUCCUGGGUGGCAGGAUAGUAGGUAGAAAAGCAUGCCAUGCAUGGUAUGAAAACCAAGUACAUGCUGUCUACAAUGCUAAGUGUGAAAAACUUAAAAAUCAAACAUACAGAGUAGCAUAUUGGUCACAAUCUGAGAUGUACGACGAUGCUACUGACUAUGACAUCUCAAUGUUUCAGAUGGCUGCUGAUGUCCUGUAUGGGGAUUUGGUGUUUUGCUAAGCAGCUGUAAGUAAA